AGAUUAGCGAAGCGAGUGAGCGAGCGAGCUGAACUGGUAGAUGGCGGGAGUGAUCUCGUGUGAUAUAACUGUGUUAGAUUAGUUUUUAAAUUAUAGUGUUUAAUUUCUAGAAUAGUUAUUAAAAUGACUAGAGCUAAAAUAGAACUCGGCGACGUGACUCCACAUAAUAUAAAGCAACUGAAGAAGUUAAACACAGUCGUAUUUCCAGUGUCUUACAAUGACAAAUUCUACAAAGAUGUUUUGGAAGCAGGUGAACUGGCCAAGUUAGCGUAUUACAACGAUAUCGUGGUAGGAGCAGUAUGCUGUAGAAUAGACACGUCGGAGAACUCGCGGAGACUUUAUAUUAUGACCUUGGGAUGUUUGUACCCAUACAGAAGACUGGGCAUUGGUACUCUAAUGGUGGAACAUGUGCUCAAGUAUGUUGAACAGGAUGGCAAUUUCGACAGCAUUUUCUUACAUGUUCAAGUCAACAAUGAAGGUGCAAUUGACUUCUAUAAGAAGUUCGGAUUUGAGAUUGUGGAGACUAAAGAGCACUACUACAAGAGGAUAGAACCAGCUGAUGCUCAUGUCUUACAGAAAACCAUCAGGCAGCCACAACAACCUUCCGUACCCUUACUGAAUGGCACCGUACCACACGCAAAAACCAAUGGACAUGAUUGAAUACACAACCACACCCAAACCUUGUACUUGUAAGAGCCUCAACACGGUUGUCAAUGUGAAACAAGUGCUAUCAUAAUGUGUAAGAAUCAUAAUAAAAACUGUGUGCAUACAGGAUUGAUUUACAUUAAGAUAUAUUUGUAAUGGAUGGGUUAAUCAAUAAGUUGUGGUUGUGGACACAUGAGG